AUGCGAGAGUCAUCAAAAAGUCGACAACAAUCAUUAAUUUCCACAAUCGUUUUGGAACGAAGCAUUGUCAAUUUUAUACAUAUUAGUUCAUCGCGUAUUACGAAAUUUGCAAUAGAAUCUGCUAAUAGAGUGUGCAAACAUAUAAAAUGUUUGUUGCUUUUGUUGAAAAUGAGUCAUGUGAUGAAUAGAAAUCUAGAAAGAAUUCAAAAUCAAGAAGCAUGA